AUGGAAUCAGGCCAAUUAUCACCGCAAAAGGAGCAGGAAAUUGCGCUGAAGAUCCUGGAGAGAGCAGAGCUUGCUCAGAUGACUCGUCAGCUCAAAAUGGGUCUUGGAAAAGUGGCGACGCCAAAGAAGAAUUCACGCGCAUCACCCGUAAAACUGGGGGUACCAACGGCAACGCUGGACGCUGCUCGUGUGUCACCCUUGAAACGGAGACGCUCGCCUGGAAACAGCGGUGGCGGAGUCGUGGGAGACCCGGAGCGUGAAAAGAGCCCCACGAAACGCGUUGCUGCAACACCACCGGGAAGUCCUUUGGGCAGAGCAAGACGGCCCAGCAUCGAACUGACGGCGCCACAGACACCACAAGCUCGCUCUUCGGGAUCUGCGACUGGUGCAGGCACUGGAAAUGGCUCCGAAGAGCACGAACUGGGCGCUGACCUGCUAAUGUAUCUGGCUACCAGUCCCUAUACGUCGUCUUCAAGAGCGGGCUCCAACUCUCGUUCACUUUCCCAUCCACAGGCUCCACAAACGCCUUCUGCUGCUGUGAAUGGCGGUGGGAGGAUCCCAACAACGCCAUCGGUGGCUCAGACGCAUCUAAGAAGCCAAGGGGCAGCUGCUUCACCGCACUCCACGUUCAAAGUACCGGGUCUUGCGGCCGCACAUCACACAACGCCGUCCCAUUCGACAUCCAAUAUGCAAUUCUCAGAUAUUAUGGAAUCACCACAAUUAUCUUUCUACAUGCCCUCCUCAACGCCACGGAAGCGUCGUGGUUCUACUGCCAAGAAUGGUGCCGCUAACGGCUUGGGAUUCACCAACACACAAAACUUGACUGUUCCUGGAACACCAAAUUUCAACAUGGGUGACUACGUGCACAACCUGUUCAGCCCAUCGCCCCGCGUUACUAGCGGGUCUUUCAGAGAGUCUAAAAAGGAGUAG